UUUCGCUCAUUGACCGAGUUGAGCACUUCAGUUUUGGCGCGUGAGGCCAUGUUGACGGAACAGCUGUGGUUGCGUGCGAUUUAUAAAUUCCAUACCUAAUAUUUUUUGUCGUGCCGUGCUGUUGACAUCUAUUUAUUAACUAUGGCUAUGGUACAAUGUAAACAAUAUUAAUUAGUGAACUGUGAUGUGUCGAUGAAAUAGUCCGGAUCAAGUGCUUGUGUUAUACAAUGUUUUAAAAAUAACAAUGGCUUUUAGACGGGAAAGCAGUGAAGACAUUGACAUUUUGACAUUGGAGGAACGGGAGUUUCAAGUGAAAUGGAACAGGUUUUCGGACUGGCUGCACUGUAUUUGUGUGGUGACUUUCGACCUUGAGCUCGGCCAGGCGAUGGAAAGCGUUUAUCCGCCUGGUGUGACGUUAUCCGACCAGGAGAAAUGCAACAUUUGUUACUUAGCUUUCCCAGACUCGAACUCGGGUUGCAUGGGCGACACACAGUUUCACGUAAGGCUGCGGUCCCUCGCUCCACUUACUCGCCAGCAAUUGCGAUAUAACGAGGAAAGUGUGCCAACGCUGCGCGCUGAUUCCACGCACUAUUGGGGCUUCGUGUAUUUCCGUCAAGUUAAAGACCCCUCGUUACCGCGCGGAUAUUUCCAAAAAAGCAUCAUUUUACUAACACGGCUGCCAUUUAUCAACUUGUACUACAAGGUCAUACAAUUGAUUGCACCAAAACAUUUUGAAGACGGUGAGAGCAGUUUAGAAGCUGCAUGCCAUGAUAUAAACAGAUGGCCGGUACUUGAUGCUGGUCAGAAUAUGCUGUUGCCAGUUCUCGGAACAGUUUUUCAGUCAUACAUUCCUAAUCAGCAGACGGGAAAAGUUAUUCGGUCAGAUAUAAUAAAGCAAAUACAUUCUCCAAAUGUUCCUCACAUAAUUGCUUCGAUUCAGGAUGUUAAUGUAUUUGAUGCUUUAGCCGGUGUUAUAUCUCAUUUACAUUUAUUAUGGGAGCUUGUGCUGACAGCUGAACCAAUAGUGGUGAUGGCGAGUUCACCGACAGAGUGCUCAGCUCUUGUGCAAGCACUGACAUACCUCAUCCAGCCAUUACCAUUUGCAGCAGAAUAUAGACCUUAUUUCACAAUACAUGAUAGUGAAUUCAAAGAGUUUACCCGUAAGCAAUACAAUCCUCCUUGCAUAAUAUUGGGUGUGACCAAUCCAUUCUUUACAAAAACAUUACAACACUGGCCUCACACUAUCAAAUUAGGUGACUCAGCUUCAAUCAAAACUAAACUAAGAAAGGUUGGUAGUAUAAAGCACUUAGAUACAGCUCCUGGUGUUUAUACUCAGUACAAGCCAUUUUUAGAAAAAGAUAAGGCAAUAAUAAAGAAACUACACAAUGGUAUGAAGACUGACCGACCAUCCGAGGUACAGACUGCAAUGGUGAAAAGACAUCUGUUGGAAUUGACACAGAGUUUCAUGAUUCCAUUAGAAAGAUAUAUGGCAUCAUUGAUGCCAUUACAGAAAAAUAUAUCACCUUACCGUGCACCACCUAUCCCAAAUCCAUUCAACCCUGAAGAUUUUUUUGCCACUUUACAGCAAGCAGGACCUCAUUUGACGACAGGGAUUAAAGGUGAUUGGAUAGGUCUUUAUAGGAACUUUUUCAGAACCCCUAAUUUUGGGGCUUGGUUUCACGAACGGCAUAGUAAAUUGACAAAUAAACUACAUGCUUUGCAGCUAGAGGCUUUAGCUGAAAGUGAUUUAAAGAGGUGGUCCAUUGGUAAGAAGGAGGUUGAAAUAGUUGACAUGGUUCUAAAACUUAGAGAAGUUCUGAAGAGUGAUCCACCGGUGGCAGACAAUACUAGAACAUUAUUAGCCCGCAGGUUAGAAGACUUAAAUUGUGUUUUACCUGAUGAUAUGAAGUCAAUAUUAAAUGCUAAAUCGUGACAUACAAAUUGCUGCACCUCAGGACUGAGAGGCUGCAGCGUUGACUGCAAAAUUCAGCUAAAAAGUACUCACAAUAGGACUAUUGCUUGUAUGUAAACUUAUAGCCAAAUCAAUUAAAUUUACAAUUUAUUUUCGUACACAUUAUAUUAUCAUUUAGCAAUGGUACACAGAUAUAUACUAUUUUUUAAAAUUUUAAUUGCUUAAGGCAAAGCAUUAGCUAAUGAUAUUGCAAGAUAUACAUGAGUAUGUUGUGUAAAUAAUCUCAAUUCAAUACUUACUUAAAUUUUAACAUAAUUAUACUAGGUGGAGACCUUAGAAGUAAUGUACCUACACCAUUAUUGUUCAAUAAAUGGAUGCUCCUAAAGUAGGAGCUAUUUAAAGGCUUCCUAAUAACAGUAACCAUUCUUACCUUAGUUAAUUAGUUUAAUCUCUAUACCAGCAAAGGAAAUAAGUUAGUUGUUUUACGCCCUUAUCCAAUAAUAUCAAUAAAAUCCAUUUUGUUUAACUUUUUUGAAGUAAUAUAGCACCUAUAGUUUAGCUGCUAUUCAAAUGUUAAAGAAUAUUCUAUGUAUAUUUGCUUUUUAUUUGCGAUAUUUUUAAUCUUAAAUCUUCUAUCGAUGAGACUGUUUAGAUC